AUGCGUACCAAAGUCGAAGAACUUGAUAGCAAACUUCGUCAGGAGCUUGGGGGCAUUUUAUACCGUCAGAGGGGGGAUGUCCUCCCCGAAAGCGGAAUUUCAGGUCCAUUAAGCGUGGCACAGAGGUGGAAGCGCGCGAGGAGAGAAAAGGCCCCGGCCAGUGACGAAUUGAACUGGCUCGUUGAAUUCGGGCUUCGCAACUAG